AGCGGGCACGUGACGCGCGCGGCCAAUGGGGGCGCGGGCGCUGGCAACUUAUUAGGUGACUGUACUUCCCCCCCUGGUGCCACCAAGUUGUUACAUGAAAUCUGCAGUUUCAUAAUUUCCGCGGGUCGGGCCGACCGGCCAGGCACGGGGCACAGCGAUGGCCACCACCGGGGCCCUGGGCAACUACUACGUGGACUCGUUCCUGCUGGGCGCCGACGCUGCGGACGAGCUGGGCGCGGGCCGCUACGCGCCCGGGGCCCUGGGUCAGCCUCCCCGGCAGGCCACCGCGCUGGCGGAACACCCCGACUUCAGCCCGUGCAGCUUUCAGUCCAAGGCGGCGGUGUUCGGCGCCUCGUGGAACCCGGUGCACGCGGCGGGCGCCAAUGCGGUGCCCGCCGCAGUGUAUCACCACCAUCACCACCACCCUUACGUGCACCCCCAGGCGCCCGUGGCGGCGGCGGCCCCGGACGGCAGGUACAUGCGCUCCUGGCUGGAGCCCACGCCCGGCGCGCUCUCCUUCGCGGGCUUGCCCUCCAGCCGGCCUUACGGCAUUAAACCUGAACCACUGUCCGCCAGAAGGGGUGACUGUCCCACGCUUGACACUCACACUUUGUCCCUGACUGACUAUGCUUGUGGUUCUCCUCCAGUUGAUAGAGAAAAACAGCCCAGUGAAGGCGCCUUCUCCGAAAACAAUGCUGAGAAUGAGAGCGGCGGAGACAAGCCCCCCAUCGAUCCCAGCAACCCAGCUGCCAACUGGCUCCACGCGCGCUCCACGAGGAAGAAGCGCUGCCCCUACACAAAACACCAAACGCUGGAACUGGAGAAGGAGUUUCUGUUCAACAUGUACCUCACCAGGGACCGCAGGUACGAGGUGGCCCGGCUGCUCAACCUCACCGAGAGGCAGGUCAAGAUCUGGUUCCAGAACCGCAGGAUGAAAAUGAAGAAAAUCAACAAGGACCGAGCAAAAGACGAGUGAUUCAACUGGAGUUCAUUUAGAAAAGAGAGAGUGAGCUAGAGAGAAAGAGAAAGGACUGCCUGAUCCUCUCCCACCCCUAUUCCCACCCCAGCCUCCACCACCCUGCACAAAGCGGCUCUAAACUCCGGGCCUCAUCU